UCUCACAUAUUCCAUUUUAUAUCUAUAAAAUCCUCGACAAUAUAUAUACAUGGAGGGUCUCCGGUGUUACAAUUUCCUCUCGGAAGGCGAAUUCAUGCUACAAUUACUAACUCCAACCACCACUUCACCACUAGCACUCGAUAUCUCAGAAUCGAGUCACAUGAGGAUCCAACGACUCAUAAACGAAAACCCUGUGGUCAUAUUUAGCCGUAGCACAUGUUACAUGUGUGACGUGAUGAAACGAUUGUUUUAUUCUAUCGGUGUGUACCCAACUGUCAUCGAGCUAGAAGAACAUGAAGUAAAUGACCUUGCGGCCUUUUAUUGUGGUGAUGGUAGUGUCGAAGAAGGCGUCGCUCCGGCGGUGUUCAUAGGUGGAGCUUUUGUUGGUGGUCUAGAGAAGCUUGUGGCAAUCCAUUUGAGUGGCCAACUUGUUUCAAAACUAGUGGAAAUUGGUGCUCUUUAGGGUAUGUAUGGUGAUUGAUUUGCUAGUCCUAUAUGAUGGGAAUUAUUGUAAGUUGCUUUAUAUGCGAAAGAUAUAUAUAUUGUUUGUACUUAAGGUUUUAUUUUGCAUUCCCUUGGUAGUCAUUGUACUUUGUAAGUUAUGUUCUAAUUUAAGCCAUUCCAAUAAAGCUUAAUGUUCCAAUACUA